AUGCAGGUCAAGAACAUUCUCCCCUUGGCCUUGGCCAGUGUUGCGCUCGCCCAGGAGGGCGGCCAGCUGAACCUGACCGCCGCCUUGGCUUCCCAGAACUCGAGCUUGUCGACCCUGACUAGCCUUCUCGGUACCCAGCCUGGCCUCGUCCAGGCUCUCUCGCAGGCCCAGAACAUCACCAUUCUGGCCCCCAGCAACGAGGCCCUCGAGGCAUUCAUCGCGAGCGCCGGUUCCGCUGCCACCGACGCUGACUUGGUCGCCGCCAUUCUCCAGUACCACGUCCUGAAUGGCACAUACUAUGCCUCCAACUUCACCGAGGAGCCUCAGUUCAUCCCCACUCUCCUCCAGAACCAGACCUACGCCAACAUCACCGGUGGGCAGCGCGUCCAGGCCCAGACUGUGGACGGCAACGUCACCUUCUACUCGGCCCUGCGGGAGAACUCGACUGUCACCACUGGAAACCUCAACUUCACCGCCGGUACCAUUCACGUCAUUGACAAGGUCCUCAGUGUUCCUCAGGGUAUCGCCGAUACCCUCCGCGCUGCGAACCUCACCGCUGCUCUGGGCGCUGUUCAACUCGCCAAUGUCACCGAGGCCCUUGCUUCCGCCGAGGAUUUGACGAUCUUUGUCCCCAACAACGAGGCCUUCCGCGCCAUCGGUAACCUCACCUCCACCCUCGGCUCCGAGCUCGCAAGCAUACUGCAAUACCACGUUGUCGCCGGCUCUGUACUGUACAGUCCCGAUAUUACCAACACCUCCCUGACGACUCUCAACGGUGGAAAUAUCACCAUCAACGUCAUCAACGAGACUGUUUACGUCAACAAUGCCGAAGUCCUGAUCCCCAACGUUUUGAUUGCCAACGGUGUUGUUCACGUCAUCGACAACCUUUUGAACCCCAACAACACUGCCGCUGAGCCUGACACCACCGCCACCAGCCGCCCUCCUGCCUACACUGGUGCUGGUCCUGUCACUGACGGAAGCAACCCCUUCACCAACAACGUCACCGGACCUACUUCUACAGCACCCCUUGCUACUGAGACUGGUGCCAAUGACGGUGGCGGCGUCCGUUCCACUUCUUCGUCUGUCGAGGCGGCUCCCAUGCGCACUGCUGCUGUCGGUGCCGCUGCCCUCUUCGGUGGUAUGGCCGCUUACAUGAACAUGUAA